AUGGUCGCUGACGCAUUAAUCUACCACCCCGCGGUCGCGCACUACAACAAGUUUGUCGCGACGACGAUGGGUCGCGACAAGGCCCUCCGGCUCGUGCAAUACCUCUCGCGCUUCCUCGCAUGGUACACCCUCCGCACCAACAGNCCCCAAGCAACAGUCGUGCAAUGGGCCAAGCUGAAAGCCAACCUCGGUCUCGUCCGCAAGGCCAUGCGCAUCGGCAAGUUUGUCGAGCACUUCCGCGCCGCAGCAAAUGCCUACGACGCAAAGACCCUUGACCCAGUCAUCCGUUUCUGCACCACUGGAAGACAGCUCGGAUACGGAGCUUACAUGCUCACUGAUACCUUGACGUAUCUGGAUGCUUCGGGCGUGAGACCUAGUGCUACGGCCAAGAGGAUGCAGGUUCAGGCUUACAAGGCGUGGAUGACGGGGUUGUGCUUUAGUGUCUUGAGUGGUGUGUACACUAUCUACAAGAGUAGGAACGAGGAGGCUGCGCAGACGGAUAAGGCUGUUGCUGCUGAGAAGACGGUCGAAGUUAAGAAGUUGCAGCGUGCUGCUCAGACACAACUCAUCUCGGACCUUUGCGAUCUCUUCAUCCCCGUUUCUGCUCUCGGAUACAUCAAGGUCGAUGAUGGCGUCGUCGGUCUGGCUGGUUCCGUCAGCUCCCUGAUCGGUCUGAUGGCACAAUGGAACAAGACUGCUUAG